CAGGCAGACAGGGCAGAGACCAGGGAAGAUCAAGGAAUAUGCAGAAGUAACUGUCCAAAAGAGCAGUCCAGAAAACUCCAGAACCUGUAGUCAUGCAGGACAUUGCUCUGUCACUUCUGAGUCGAGGCUGUGGACAGGUGGUCCAGUCACAGUUGGGCUGUCAAGAUGGACGCCUGGAAGUAUGCUUUGAACCUGAGGACUACUAUCUCUGGAAAUCCCAGCCAUCUCUGCUCCGUGUAUCUCAGCGUGGUCAUCUGCUGGACAGGGUGGAUCCAGUGCCUCCUAAGACCUACAGCACCAGACGUGGUCCUCUCUUCCUCUAUUACGAGGACAUGGCUACAUCUUACACAGUUAUGUCAUCAGGGCUGUCAUCAUGCCCCGCAGAAUCAGAGGUCAACAGGAAGAAACGGGCCUCCCAACAUUCCAGGCAGGAAGAGGAUAUUCAGUUGAAUACCUUGCGAGACCUGACGGGAGCCAUACUGGCCUACGGAAACAAGCAGCUCCGUGAAGAAGAAAACCAAGACGCAGCUCAACAUGUCCUCCCCCUCCCCUCCAAACACGAGCCCCGCUAUGCUCCCCUGAAGCCCUCCUACCCCAGGCAUCCCACCAAGGGGGGGACCCUAAUAAGGUCCUCCUGGAACCCCCAGGUUGGACUGGGACACAAGGAUCAGCUGACCUGCCAGUCCCAGUCAGGUGACCUAGCCCUCUGCUCCCCCCGAGAUCCCUGCUCCCCCACGUCCAACAGACAAAGAUCAGGUCCUGUCCAUACAGACAUGGGGAAGAUCUCCUCAUCAGGUCCUGUCCAUACAGACAUGGGGAAGAUCUCCUCAUCAGGUCCUGUCCAUACAGAUAUGGGGAAGAUCUCCUCAUCAGGUCCUGUCCAUACAGACGUGGGGAAGAUCUCCUCAGAGACCACAGAUGAAGGAGCAUCAGGUCUGGAGGGGCAGGAGGAUGGGCAACGAAGGGUGAGGUUUCAGGUCAUGGGUGAGAUACCCAGAGUUCAGAUGAGUCCCUACCCUAAGAAGGAGCCUCUUUGGCGGGUAGAGAGUACCAGACACCUCCCUGGAGGACAGGAUGCACAUCAGGAGAUGAGAAGGCAUGGGAACCACCCUGAAGAUAGGGGGGACUGUGAGAUGGCAAGUGAAGAGAAACCUUGGGCCAUACAGGUCGGAGAGAGGUCCUGCUCUCUGAAGACAGCAUCAGUGGAUUCCACCUGGAAAAGCAGCAAGCUAUCACACAUUAAUUACUAUGGAGGUCACCUGGGGGGGGGGCAGGUGGAACGGACACGAGGCGGAGCUGACCCACGCCUUAAGAAGCACCAGGGAGACCACGCCUUCGUAGACGCCAGCUUCUCCGGGCCUCAUCUCCCUCCCCUUGUCCUGGGCCCCCUGGUCAGCCUGCUGCAAGACAAACCAAGCCAGAAACCAGGCAGCCCAGGAAGGCCGGUGGAGAGCCUGCCACCAAUAAAAAGUGUUGAGGUCAGCUCACAGGCUCCCACCCAGCCUCGGUUUGAGCGGCUGAUCCAAACCUAUCCUGCCCAUCCAGCCGAGAUCUACUUAGCAGCUGAGUUCCUGCCAGACAGGGGCCAUCCAGAAAGGGGCCAUCCAGACAGGGGCCAUCCAGACAGGGGCCAUCCAGACAGGGGCCAUCCAGACAGGGGCCAUCCAGGGGUCAAUCCAGACAGAAGCCAUCUAGAGAAGCCAGAACCUGGGAGGCUGCUGCUGUCAUUUCUGCUACCCCCUGGACAUACGGAGGAAGACAAGCAGAGUCCCUGUGCAAGAAGAGGAGCACGAGGAGGAUUAGCCAAAAGAGGAGUGGCAGAAAGAAGGGGAGGAGCAGGACAAGAAGAUCUACCUGAGGAAGGCAUCAAGCAGACAGGACUUGAGGAGGACAGAGACGGGCUCUUCAUACUAGAACCUGACCAAGAGCAUGCUGUUCCGCUGGGGGUGAUAGCCCCCCUUGUCGGCCGGCUGAGAGGCCCCGGUAAACAGAGCUCCAUGGCCGUCUACAGGGACAGACCUGAACUCCAUGCCCAGUGGGACCAUUCCGAUUCGGGCAGGGCUGUGGUUAGAGGAAGCCUACCCCUAGAGCUCAGAGACUGGCAGCAGCGGACAGGCAAAGCACUCGGCACCUUGAUCAUGGGUCCUGAUGGUGAGGUGAUGCAGAUGUCCCUGUGGGACCCAGCCAACGUGGCCGACGUUGAGGCUACUGGGCUGGACCAGGCCUCAACAGACCACGCACUGAAGGGCCUGACCACAGAGGGGAAGGGACCCUGGGUCGAACUGAUGCAAACCAAGCCUACGACCACAGGAGAGUCCAGUAAAGGAUCUGGAGCCAACAUGAAACUGACGGGUCUUGUCCAACGACUGGUGGGAUCCCAUCGACAAACCAACCCUCCAGAAGACAAGCAACUGAUGGUUGGAGUUGAAGGAGACAUGGCUGCUGUCAGGUACAACCUUUGCAGCAGUUCAGUGAACAUUCGAAGGGAGGAGGAUGAGAAGGUUGCAUGGGAAGGAAAUGACAUAAGAUGUACGGAGGAACUGGAGGGGAGGGGCCAUGAUGGCGAUCAGCCAAGUCCUCAGAAUAGUGGGAUAUCAAAUGAAUUGACCAGAGGAGAGUUGAUCCAAAACAUCUCCCAGAACCCUCCUCUCUCAACUGACACAGCCACAGGCCACUCCCACAAGCUUCCUGAAUCAACUGACACAGCCACAGGCCACUCCCACAAGCCUCCUGAAACAACUGACACAGCCACAGGCCACUCCCAUAAGCCUCCUGAAUCAACUGACACAGGCCCAGGCCACUCUCACAAGCCUCCUGAAUCAACUGACACAGCCCCAGGCCACUCCCAUAAGCCUCCUGAAUCAACUGAGACAGCCACAGGCCACUCCCACAAGCCUCCUGAAUCAACUGACACAGCCCCAGGCCACUCCUACAAGCCUCCUGAAUCAACUGACACAGCCCCAGGCCACUCUCACAAGCCUCCUGAAUCAACUGAGACAGCCACAGGCCACUCCCACAAGCCUCCUGAAUCAACUGACACAGCCACAGGCCACUCCCACAAGCCUCCUGAAUCAACUGAGACAGCCACAGGCCACUCCCACAAGCCUCUUUCCCCCACUCUCUCUGGCCACUCAACAGAAGUGGCCAAGACCCCUUCUCAAGACAGGAAUCGGAACCAGUCUGAGGACCUUCUAGCCAGCAGCAGUAAAGGAGGCCAUUUUAAGAAUGCCCAUGUUACUGUAGAUAAACAGAAGAAAAGAGGGCCAAAACAGGAAACAGAUGACAAAGGACAAAGCAGACCGGAGCCUCUGGAGGACACAUUCAAUGAAGAGACAGAAUUACAGAGCUCUCCUGCUGGGCCAAUUACGAAGAAGAAGAGGGUGAAAGGGGAGGAGCAGAGAGGUCUGCCUAAGGAGAAUGGGAAGGCCUCUAGAAAAAGAAAAGACCGGGUGAAAGGUCAAGCGGAGUUUGUUGUCGGAAAGCCUAAAGGUCAGAGAGCGGAGAAGAAAAUCCAGGAGACAAGAGGGACAGAGGAGAGGUCUGCUCCGAGUCUAGACGGUGGUGGGACGGCGAUUAGACAACAGUGGGACAACCUGUUCUCUGAGACUGAGGGGGAGGAGCCUAUGGACCGUGUCCAUUCCCAUACAUCCAAUUACAGCUCUGUAAACAGGAACUCCUCAACCAAUGAGCAGUCGUGUCAGAUAUCUGUUAAAUCCACUUCCUGUGUUGAGGAGGUUCAACACUACGUACAGCAACAUUCCUCACAUGAUCAACUGUCGUCCCACUCGGUUGUCAUGGCAGCAGAAAACCAAUCGUUAAAUCUUGUCAUAUCUGACACCAACAGCAAUACGGACAAGAACCGAGAAUCGGUUGCCGACUACAAGGAACUACAGACAAAGACGUUAGCUGAGAAGGACAUACAAAAGAAAGUGUUGGCAGAGAAAGCAGAGCGUCGCCGCUUAGAGGUAGAGAGGAAGAGGAAGGAGAAAGAGGAGGAAAGGAGGAAGCAGCAGGAACAGGAGGAAAGAGAGGAGAAAAUCAGGAUUGAGCUGGAGGAGGAGCAGAAACAACGAGCAGAAGACUUCAGGCGGAAGAGACAGGAUGAGGAGGAGAAGAGACGAAGGCUUGAGGAGGAAGAAGAGGUGCUCCUCAAAGAGGAGGAGGAGAAGAUGCUUGCUGAAAUGAAGGAGAAUGAGAGGAUUGAGUACCUGAAGAAACAGAAGGUGGAGGAAGAAGUGAGGAGGAGGGCAGAGGAGGAGAGGAGGGCCAGGGAGCAACAGGCGGCGCUGUGGGCAAAAGAAGAGGCCAGACGUCAAAAGAUGUGUAAAGUUAAGCAGAAUAUGUGUAAAGUCAAGCAGAAGAGGUGUAAUGUCAAGCAGAAGAGGUGUAAUGUCAAGCAGAAUAUGUGUAAAGUCAAGCAGAAGAGGUGUAAUGUCAAGCAGAAGAGGUGUAAUGUCAAGCAGAAUAUGUGUAAAGUCAAGCAGAAGAGGUGUAAUGUCAAGCAGAAGAGGUGUAAUGUCAAGCAGAAGAUGUGUAAUGUCAAGCAGAAGUUGUGUAAAGUCAAGCAGAAGAUGUGUAAAGUCAAGCAGAAGAGGUGUAAUGUCAAGCAGAAGAUGUGUAAAGUCAAGCAGAUGUGUAAAGUCAAGCAGAACGGAAAGAUGCAGAGAGCAGCGUUGGAACAGCAGCUGCGCUUCAGACGAGGUCUGCUGAUGGAGGCCGGGGCUCUGGGUCAGGCUCAGGACAUCUCCCGGCCCUGGGUCUACUCCUACUUCCAGCUCCUGCAACUCCUGGGGCUGGCCACCGGACAGAAAGACUCACCCAAAAACAUAGGUGCUACUGACCAGCCAAAUGUCCAAACUGGUUGA